GAGGAUAAUAGUCUUCCAUAAAAUCCCUCUGUCACUCUCCCAUAAAAACCCUUUUCUGUGCGUUUCUCCCUCCCUGUUUCACCCCUCCUCCUGUUUAGUUGGAAGAUCUCCUCCUCGCCGCCGCAGCCGCCAGUUUCUUACGCCGUCUGGCGCCCCCGAAACUCCUCCUCUUAUUGUUCGCAGAUCAAGAAACCCUCGGAUUCCUCAUUGUCCCUCGAUUUUUUUUUCUCUCUCUGAGGCCGUUGGGCGACCUCCGGCCUUUCUCCCGGUUGCCGCCAGGCCCGCCACCCCACUCUUUGAGCGACCCCUACGGCCUCCCUCGAUCCCUCUUUCAGCUGUCUCUCACCAGUUUUCUCUGCAUCAGUCUCUGAAUUGCGCAAGCUGAAUCUAGCUGCAUAUAAAAAUGUAUAAGAAAAAACAAUUGGCUAAAGAAAGCUCAUCAAGGAGCAACAUGGAUUUGAAGGACCAAGAAAUGGACAUGAAGAGGAUAAUGAAAGAUAUUGAGUAUUUGGGUGCCUCAAAUAUGACAUGGAAAGAGAGGAAGGAAUUGGAAAAUAAGAAAGUAGUAUCUCUUGGUGGAAAGCCACCUAAGAAGCAUAGACUACCACUGAGCGUGGCUCGAGUGGCCAUGAAGAAGCAAAAGGAAAGAGAACAGAAACUGUUGCAAGAGAGUUUGGUUCUGCGACGAUUUGGAGGGAAGUUUGGUGGUGGUAGUAAAGGCGAGGCAGAGAAGCGCAAGCCAGAAGGCAGGGUGCUGAAGUCGAGUGAAGGUUAUUUCAGAAGUGGUGUACUGGAUGUGAAGCAUUUGCUACAACCAAGUUCAUCUACACACGUUGAUAGUCACAUCUCUGAGGCUAAAAAGGGGCAAAGGAAAAAAGGGAAGGGAAAGAAGAAUAAGGGUAAGAAGCAGCGUGGUGGUCGAAAGCGCCACUAAAACUUCCAUUUGUAACGAACUAUUUUUUUAAAAAAAAAAAUUUAUAAAUCAGAGAGCAAUCAAAUUGGUUUAGCCUUUAUAUUUUUGUGCUUCAGUGAAGUAUUUGAGUGAAAAAUUUGCUUCUGGGUAGCCACUACACCUUCUCUUUGUCCUGUGCAGUUGUGGUACAUUUGGCUGCCCAAAUUUUGAAUUUGUGCAGGGCCUUAUUAUACUAUUUAUUUUGGAUUUAUUUUUAAGAAUUAGCUUUUAGAAAUCCUUUUUGUACUCAAUUAAGGUUAAUAAUAUUCUCUACUUUUAACUA